AUGCGCUUUAUCUUGCCUUUUUUGGCUGUCUUCCUUGGUGUUACCGUACACUUAUACGUUGCUUCACCUGUCCUUCGCGGCGCCGUCGACCAGAAAUCAGGUUCCAAUGGGCAAAACAAUCCUCACGCCGGGCAAAACAAUCCUGGUAGCAAUGGGGAAAACGGGCACAGCAAUCCAGGUGGCAAUGGGCGACACCCUGGAUGUUGCUAG